AUGGAUUUUGGGGUUCCAGUAUCAGUCUAUCUCUUGAUCAAUGCAAUGACAGCACUGACUGGAGAGGCAGCCAGGACUAUAAGCCCCCCAGUCACAACCCAGCAGAGUAACUGGACAGUUAACAAAACAGAAGCUGACUACACAGAAGUACCCAUAGCCUUGAAGUUCUCACAUCCUUGCCUGGAAGACCACCAUAGUUACUGCAUCAAUGGUGUCUGUGCAUUCCACCAUGAGUUGGAGAAAGCCAUCUGCAGGUGUUUUACUGGCUAUACUGGAGAAAGGUGUGAGCAUUUGACCUUAACUUCAUAUGCUGUGGAUUCUUAUGAAAAAUACAUCGCAAUUGGGAUUGGCGUUGGAUUACUAUUAAGUGGUUUUCUUGUUAUUUUUUACUGCUACAUAAGAAAGAGGUAUCUAAAAUUGAAAUCACCUUACAUCUGUUCCGGAGGAAGACCACUGUGA